GCCUGCCGCUAGCCUAUCACCAAUAUGGCGUCUUCCAGGGGCGAUGGUUGGGCCGGCCAGAGCUGGCGGCGACCCGGUAUUGUGGCCGCCGCCGAAGGGCCUUAUCCUUCGGAAACGGAAGCCGGGGCCGAGGGCCUCUAUGUCGCCGUGGAGCGUUGCCCCCUUUGCAAUAGCACGCGCCGCCGCCUGACCUGCGCCAAGUGCGUCCGGAGCGGCGACUUCGUUUUCUUCGAUGGCCGCGAUUCUGAGCGGUUUUCUGAAAAAAAAGAGAGAUUAAAGCACCUUAGAAAGAAACAGCAUGAAUUCCAGUCCCAGUUGUUAAAAGCUAUAGAGGGGAAACAGAUAGCUGAUCAACUGGUGAGCCUUGCAGAAUUCUUUCACUUCAUAUUUCAACUAGUUUUCCUUAGUGCUGUUAUUCAUGGUGCUCUUUGCAUGAGAAGGGGACCGAUAAUUGUUCCUUAUCAUGGGUCUGUCUUAUAUAGAUGGAAAAUAAUGUCUUGCAAGAUGAGAAUUGAGCAGCUGAAGCAAACAAUAUGCAAAGAAAAUGAAGAAAUAGUAAAAAAUUCAGAGUGGCUUCUUAGGAUCAAAGAUGAGAACCAGAAACUUUACCGAAGGGCUCAGCGCCAUCAGGAGAAAAAGGAGAAAAUCCAGAGGCACAACCGCAAGCUUGGAGAGCUAGUAGAGAAAAAGAACUAUGACUUGAGAAGCCAUCACGAACAUCUGGCAGAUCUCCGGCGGUCACAUGUCCUGGAAUUAACCUCUGUUAUAUUCCCUAUUGAGGAAGUGAAAAUUGGUAUGAGGGACUCCACAGAUGUAUCUUCAGAGAGUGACAAUGCCAUGACCUCUAGCACAGUAAGCAAGCUUGCAGAAGCCAGGAGGACCACCUAUCUUUCUGGGCGAUGGGUGUGUGAUGACCAUAAUGGAGACACCAGCAUUGGCAUCACAGGGCCUUGGAUAACCCUUUCCAACAAUGGGGAUUAUUCCGCUUACUACAAUUGGGUAGAAGAGAAGAAAACCACACAAGGACCAGACAUGGAGCAUAACAAUCCUGCUCAUACCAUCAGUGCUGCUUUGUGCUAUGCAACUCAGCUGACUAACAUUUUGUCACUUAUACUGGAUGUAAACCUUCCCAAAAAGCUAUAUAACAGUGAGUUCUGCGGAGAAAAUCUUAGCAGGAGGAAAUUCACCUGGGCAGUGAAAAAGCUAAAUGCCAAUAUCCUUUACCUUUGCUUUUCUCAGCAUGUCAAUUUAGAUCUUCUGCAUCCCCUACAUACACUCAGAAACUUGAUGUACUUGGUCAGCCCUGAGACAGAACAUUUGGGAAGGUCUGGACCAUUUGAGAUCAGUGCCGAUUUGGAAGAUUCCAUGGAGUUUGUGGACCCCAGCGGUGCUGGUGAAACAGAUGAGAGUGGAGAUGAGCACAUAAGUGAUGAAGAAACUGACCUUGGAACAGACUGGGAGAACCUGCCCAGCCCACGGUUCUGUGAUAUCCCCUCCCAGCCGGUAGAGAUGCUGCAGAGCCAGAGCACGCAGGCUUCCCAACCGAUAGCCAGCAGCAGUGCUGGUGGCAUGAUCUCCUCGGCAGCAGCCUCAGUUACCUCUUGGUUUAAGGCAUACACUGGACAUCGUUAAGAAAUAGUUGGGCCUCUAUUGAUCCACCGUCACUGUAGAAGACUUUGUGAUUCAGUUCGGUAGUGCCUGGAACAAGGAGGGGGGGAGGGUGUGUGUCUGACUUUCAUUUGCAGAAGCUCCAGCAGCUCUUGGUUUGCCCAUGCUGUGAAGUUUUCUGACACCUGCGACGGAAUUCAGCAGCUCGGAAUCACAGUCCUUUUUUUUUUUUUUUUUGUGCUGAAAAGAAUUACCUGAACAUUUUAUUUCUAGUCCAUGUUUUCUAAAAGAAGCUAAGAAAGGCAAUCAUUUGAAGCGUGGAGACAGGAAGAGAAUCAUGGAAGAAAGCAAUCUGAGAGUCAUGCAAAUGCUUAAACUCAUCCUGGUCAAUCAGUUCCAGCAAUGCCCUUGGACUUCUUGGUUUUGUGGAGUGUGCAUCAUUUACAAACUUACCAUACAAAUGUACAUUUCAAGAACCUUCUGGCAAAUGAUGCUUUUUAAAUGAGUUUCUAAAUUCUGUUGCCAUAAUUUUAAUACAGAAAACCAUCUUUUUUAAAAAAACAAAAACAAAACACUACUGGCGAUAAUUCUAUCUUUUGUAUGUGUUGCGUUCAUCCAUUAGAAUAUCUUUCUGAAUAUUUUUCACAGUGAACCAUCCAGAAUUUCCAGGGUCCUUGAUCUAGCACCAGACACCAAAGAAAGGCUGGCCCAUAAUAAUUUGCAACUACAGAGCCACUCUGCUGUAGUCAGAAAGUUUGUAUUCAUAUGUUCUUUCAUAGGGUGAAAGCACACUUCUGUUGCAAUUUGGUUUUGUGUACUACAUGUUCUCUGUCUUUUGGAAAGCUGGCACUCCAGAUAUGAGAACAUGAGGACUUAUCCGCCUUUUUGUGUCAAGUUAGUGGAUAAAGAAUGUUGUACAUAGAAUUUGAAACUGUUGUGAUUUUGUUUUGAGUUUUGGAAGGAUUUUAGAAGUAAAAAAAACUUUCCAUUUUCAUUGUAUUAUUCUUGUCCAUUGUCCUUUAACAUAGGUUUAUAUAUUAAACCUACUUCAGAUGCUCCCUUGGCUGUCAGUCAGUUUGCAUGUCUGUUUAUGUUUGUCGGUGCAGUAUUGGCCCUCCAUGCUGAGAUCAGAACUUGGGGGUUAGGCAGUUUUGCAUUAUUCUUCCCAUUAACAAGGAUGAGGGACAGUCUUGCAAUUCAGGCUUAUUUGAGAAUUCAUCACAUGUCUUUCAUACCAUCAUAUCUUUACUUGAUCAUAAGAAUUAUUGACUCUCAUUGAGCACAUCUUCCAAACCAUCAUGUUUGGAACUCCAGUGAGAAAAUCUCUCUAACCAACAGGUCUGGGUAGGGACUGCUUAUAUUGUAAUGGAGUAAGGAGAAAAUGGCAUGUAAUCAUUGUGCUCCUUCAUAAAGCAGUUUCUGCCUUUAUAUUGCCUAGUGAUCCAAAAUAUUGGCUAGGCAGCUGAAGCUUCUGUUACAUCUUUUGUAUGCUGCCCCAUUUGUGGACUCUAGGUAUGUAGUUAAUAGUCUAGCAAUGUGAGGUUUAGAUGCUUUUCUGCCUUGGAGCUGGUUCAGCCUUUCAGCAGAGCAGGUACAUCUAUGAUGUGGAAUAUCCUAUCUUCAAAAAUACACCCACAAUGCUUGUCCAACAUUAAUGCUCUGGAGAUUCUAUGUUGGGCACUUUUUUUCCUGUAUUACAAAGAUUUGCAGUCAUGCAAGAACUUUUGAAUUGGCAAAUAAGUUUUAUUUAGUGUUUCUGUGAUGGUCUUCUAUUUAAGCCUGGAGUUCAUAUAACGAAGUGCAUAGGGUUUUAAGUAACUUUGCUAUGCAUUUUUUCCCCUGCCAAAUAGGAAUUUAUCUGGAUAGGGAAACUAGUCCUUUAUAUUUCUGUUGCUAAACCAAAGAUUGCUUUAGCUAGGUGUUUUGAUUUAAAACCAGAUGGUGCGAUUCUUCCAUUCAUAAGACUUAGUAUAGAAAGAUAGCAAUACAAUGAUCCACAUGCAUCUUUACUGGCUUCUGUGGAAGCUAUAUUGAUUUACAAAAAAGUGGCAGUGGAUGGAAUUGUGAGCGACUUUGGGCUUUGUCUCAAAGAUCUUUGGUGACAUGGGAUUGUCCUCUUACUUCUGUUAAUGAAACAAAUGGAAAUUUGUAAGAAGCAAGGCACUUUAUUGGUUGCAGGUGAUAUGGGCUGCUUAACAUUGAGUGCAGGGGGGGGGGAAUUGCAGGUGGGCUUUCAACACUGUAAAUGUGUUUUCUGUUGUGUGUUCCUUUUCUCUCCUGCUUAUUUUUGAAUGCAAAUACUUGGAAAUCAUUUCUAGUGAACUGAGGGAAAUAAAUUUAAAAAGCCAGUAAGCCAUGAAUCCUUUUUGCUUGUCAGUUUCAACUUCUUAAAAUGGUGCCUCUCUCCUUCAACAGUGGAACAUUGCUUUGGAGGCCACCAAAAGGCAUCCAAAUAGUAAUAAGGUAGGGUGCUGCUCCCUUUCAAGAAAAUAAUUGUAUUUUUGUAACGUUUUUAUACUUCUAGAGCUGUCUGGAGAAGCUACAAAAACAUUUCUACCGUAAAAUUACAGUGCAAUAGAGGAACAUUCUGCUUCAUGGACAGGGAAACCAUUGAUGGGUAUCCUGGGUUUACAUCACUAAUUGCACAUUUUGCAAGACAUUACGGUGUCACAAAAGUAGAGCCGUAUAUAUAGGCCCAAGAAUCUCAACAUGCUUAAUGGGUUACUAGAAAUACAGUAAGCAGUUUGCUGUCUGAAAAUUGGUUCUCAAACAAGGAUUGCUAAUUGAGUAUCCCUAAAUCCUUAAGCUUCUUUUUUUAGCUCAUGAUCUUGUGGUGCCACUUUCAAACUAGUAGCCCUAACUAAAUACAAACGUGUUUUUAAAAUUGUACUACUGCAAUAAAUCUUUGGUUUUUUUAAAAAAA